CUAAACAAAAAACAGGUGAUGGAAACGAAAAAUAAAAUGGAAAUCAAGACCUUGAAAGCAGCCAAAAGGAAAAGGCAGAAUUUUAUUCUAGAAAGCCUAAUGAAAAAUCCCGAUUUACCGUCGGACUGCCUAGUAUUAAGGGAAACAGAAAAGCGGGAGAAUCGUCCGACGGAAGAUGUCACGGUGAAACCAGUUAUUUCGUUCAACUGUGUGGAAUUAGUUCAGGGACCUAAUAUUAAGGAAAUAGCUACGAUUUCCAGGAAUGAUAUUCGCACAACACAACUGAUUGCUAGCGUUGCAAAUGAGCGCUUAGCGAAUAAAGGCAUGGAAUUCGAACCGAUUACGUCACAGCGAUCGCCUUUACAUGUGCGCGACUCUUUUGAUAUUAAAAAAGGUGCUACUGUUGCGUCGAAGGAAUAUUCUGCAUCAGGGAAGAUCUCCGCUGUCAAAAUGAGCAAAAGCAGCAAUAGAAGAAACUUUAAGAAAAUAAAUAAUAAAAUCAGGCGGAUUUCAAAUCCACGUUGCAAUAGCAACGAGCUGCAAUUGACCGAAGCAGUCACGGUAAAGAGGGAAGAAGCAGACCUGUGGAAUGACCGAACCGUGAGGUCUUUAACGAAUGACAUGAUGUCUCAUUUUUUUAGCAGGGAGACGAUGCAGAUUUCGUCCGUGACAGGUGCACAGUGCAACGUCAGAAAAGGGCAGAUAUCUAAGCCUCACUUGGACCCAGAAAAAGUCAAAGCAAUAAAAUGUAUUUCCUCAUUGGUUCCAUCAAAAAUUAGAGAACGCGUACAAGCUUUACAAGGUACUUUAUUGCUGAAAACGACAAAUCUUUGA